ACUAGAAAACUUCAACGUCCAUGGCAACGCGGGCGCUCGAGACGAUUGCGCGCUGGGGCGACGGUAGCGAUGGUCCUACGAUGGCUGUUGGCGGCGCCCCAUUCGAGUGCAACCCGGCGCUCAAUGCCAAGGUCGCGCUCUUACGCCACGAGCUCUGGACGCUCGAAGUGGACGCGAUUGUCAACCCGACGAACGAGUCCCUCACGGAUGCAUCGGGCAUCUGUGGCAGCAUCCUCGACGCUGCGGGCGACCAGAUAUACGUCGAGUGCAACGCCAGCGAUCCGUGCCGCACGGGCGACGCGGUCAUGACGCGUGGGUGUCAGUUGCCUGCCAAGAAGAUCAUUCACACGGUGGGCCCGCGCUACAACGCCAAGUACGCGGCGGAGAAUGCACUGCACGGCUGCUAUCGCAAUGCAAUGCGCGUCGCCAAAGAAGAGCGCGUGCGCUCGAUCGCGUUCCCGCCCGUCUACUCCAAGAAGAAGAUGUACCCACGCGACGACGCGACGCACGUUGCGCUGCGGACGGUGCGCCGCUUCUUGGAGCACUACGCGGACGACUUUGAUCUGAUUGUCUUUUGCCUCGACGACACGAACGACAUGCUCCUGUACGCGUCGCUCCUGCCGCUCUACUUUCCGCGGUCGAUCGACGAGCUCGAGGCGUCGCGCGCGCAGUUUGCAGCGCACCGCGAGUGGACGCUCGGCGACGCGUUUGGCGAGCCGAUCCUGGAGGAGCGCAAGAUUCGCAUCGCGCCGACCGUCUGCACCGAGAACCAGCUCGAAGCCAACACAUCGCCCGUUGCGUUUACGCUGCUCGCCGACUCGUAUGUGACCAAGGAGUUUUGCGCGAUGACGGACAACCCGGACGACGACCGCAUGGAGCUGGUCCGGAGCAUUCGCGCCAAAACGAGCGCCGCGACCUCGGAGAAGCUGACGUACCAAACGGCCGUCGAGCAGGCCAAAUACGAGGAUUUCAGCGACAUGGCCGAGCUGCAGCUCAUCUACAAGGCCGGCGUCGACCACGCCGGUGUCCCCGUCGUUCUUGUCGUCGGGCGACACUUGCCCGCCCGCCACAUUGACCUCGAUCGCGUGCUCUUGUACGUGAUCCACGUCAUGGACGGCCUUGCCGACCGCGUCUACAACGUGGUCUAUCUCCAUGGCGGCGUUGACGAAGACAACCAGCCCAACGCGUCGUGGCUCAAGACGCUCUUCAAGACCUUCUCCUCCAAGUACCGCGACAACCUCAAGACGUUUUACGUGGUCGAAGCCACCAUGUGGCUCAAGCUCGUCCUGUGGGUCGGCAAGUCCUUCUCGAGCCGCACGUUUGGCGCCAAGUCGCGUUCCUUGAUGCGCCGACCGACUUGAACCGCGUCGCCUCGUCGCUCAAGCUGCCCGACGGGUCGUUUACGGACAACCGGCACGUGAGCAACCAAGACCACCACGAGACGUAGUGCAUGUAGAGUGAAUUCGCUAAGCAACUUAGUGGUUGAUGCGCUUGGA